AGAUUAGGCAUUUCCGGUCCAGGGGGUUUGGCUCUCCGCGGCACGGGAUUUAGCGUUCGCGCUCCUUCCCUUCCCGUGGUCGAGCUGAGUGAGUCUCGAGCUAGGGCGCCUGGUGUGGAGGUGCUGGAGUGGCGCCAGGGCGGGCAGGGACGGUGCCGGGGUUCUGAGAGCCCGAAGGACGGGCCCCGCGGCCUCAGUGACCCGUAGAGGACGCCUGGAGGGCGGCUGCGGGCUGCUGAGCGCCCGCUUUGUGUUGACGGAGGGGUGGUGUGAGGCACGAGCGCAGGCAGUGGGGCGUGCAGGUCUACGGGCUGUCGUCCAGGCUCCCGGGCAACACUGAGGCAGGGAAGCCAGAUGGACAAAAAAGGUCUCGCAGAGGAAGGGAGUUUGGGCAAUGUCAGGGGACGAGCUGAAUUGUGCUUUUUUUUUUUUAAGAAGAGAGAAAAGUGCAUUUCAUUUAGCAGGAAUGUAUUGACUGAAAGGGUAAGGCUGUGAGAGAGCUGUGGUGUGAAGGAGCUUCUGUUGUGGGGAAGGAAAGGAACAGGCAGGAGAUAUCUCACAGAUGCGCUGGAACAAACAACACGUUCAUUUAGUAUGCACUCGGUAAAUGCUGACUUACUGAUGAGGACAAUUGAGACUUUGUAUUGUUUGCGGUUUGCUAAUACUGUGCUGAGCAUUUUAUACAUCUUCUCAUUUAACUCAAUAUUGUCACUUAAGGAGUAGUGUCAAUCUCAUUUUAUGGUCUGUGGAAAAACUCAAGUCAGUUACCUGAGACCUCUGCAUUAGUAAGUGGUGGAUCCAAGGUUAGAACUCAGUCCUAUUCGAGUCCCAGCCCAUGCGCCUAACAGCAGCAUUACAUGCCUGCCACAUGCGUUUAGGAGUGAAGGCAGAGUACAUUAAGAGGUACCGCUUGUGAUUCACAAAGGACGUAAGCAGCAGGGGCCAGUCAAAGGCAAGCCCUGUCUGAGGACUAGAAGAUUCCCUCUGACCAAGCUCUGCCCACACCUCAGGACAAGCUCAGACACCUAGUGAUGGCCAUCAUGCAGCUCCUUCUUGGUGGGCUCCAGGUCCUGACCUGAGGGCUGCAUCAAGAUCUUGUCAUUCCACAUCAUGAUUUCCUUUGAGGAUGUGGCUGUACCCUUCUCCCAGGAGGAAUGGGACUGUCUGAUCCCUGCUCAGAGGGGACUCUACAAGGAUGUGAUGAUGGAGACCUAUGGGAACCUAGUCUCACUAGGACUUCAAGCUUCCAAACCUGAUGUCAUCUUGAGGCUGGAGCGAGGGGACGAACCAUGGACCCCUCACAUCCUGAGAACUCAGGGGAGCUGGAGGCACAAGAGAGAAGGCUGUGAUUCUAGGAUGGAAAAAGAGGGAUUUAUUCCAAAGCAGGACAUUUCUGAAGAAUUGGAAUCCCAGAGAGCAAAAUCAGAAGAUCAUGUAAGGAAUGUUUUUAAGGAAACUGAAGAGAUGAGUAAAACUGAGGGAAAGUUAGGGAAUUGCUGGAGAAAAUAUGCAGUAGAAGGAGUUAAGAACUCCUUCCCCCAGAAGAGCAAUUUCAGAGCAAUUACUAUGAGGUAUGUGAAAACCCUGUCUAGAGAGAAUGGCCAGAAGUUCAAUGCUGUUGGAGAAAACUGUAUUACAGGCUCAAAUCCUGCCAAACAUCUUAGAGGGUCUAAAGAGGAGAGUCUCCAUCCAAGUGUGUCAAGUGUAGGAAACUUGCAAAAACAUGAGGACCUCAUUAACCUCCGGAGUUUCCAAUUAGGAGAAAGAGCCUGUCAGACAGAUGUGUUAGUGAAAGUACCCAGACAGAGUUCAGUUCUUAGUGAGAAUCAGAGGAUGAAUAAUCCAGAGAGACCAUCUGAGUGUACCGGGCAUGGAAAAACUUACAAUCAGAACAGAGCUUUUAACCAGCACCAGAGAAUUCAUAGUGGAGAGAAGCCCUAUGAGUGCAUUGAAUGUGGAAAAGCUUUCAGUUGGCCCUCUAUCCUCAGUAAACAUCAGAGAAUCCACACUGGUAAGAAACCCUACACAUGUGAGGAUUGUGGCAAAUCUUUCAGUGCUCACUCAUACUUUAUUCAGCAUUGUAAAAUUCACACUAGAGAAAAGCCCUAUGAGUGUAUUAAAUGUGGGAAAACUUUUAAUACACGUUCAUCUUAUGUUCAACAUCUAAAAAUUCAUACAGGAGAGAAACCUCAUGAGUGCAAUCAGUGUGGGAAAGCCUUUAGUCAUAGCUCUAAUCUAAUUCAUCAUCAGAGAAUUCAUAGUGGAGAGAAACCUUACAAGUGCAAAGAAUGCGGGAAAGCCUUCAACAGACAAUCACACCUUAUUCAGCAUCAGAGAAUUCAUUCUGGAGAGAAACCUUAUGACUGUAAGGAGUGUGGCAAAGCCUUCAGUACACAAUUAUCUCUCAUUCAGCAUCAGAGAAUUCAUACAGGAGAAAAGCCCUAUGAAUGUAAUGAAUGUGGAAAAUCCUUUAGCCUGAACCGAACUCUUACUGUCCAUCAGAGAAUUCACACUGGAGAGAAACCUUAUAGGUGUAAUGAAUGUGGGAAAUCCUUCAGUCAAUGCUCACAAGUUAUUCAACAUAAGAGAAUUCACACUGGAGAGAAACCUUAUAUCUGCAGUGAGUGUGGAAAAUCAUUUGGUGCUCACCUCUCCCUUAUCCAGCAUCAGAGAAUUCACAGUGGAGAGAAACCUUAUGGUUGUAGUGUGUGUGGGAAAACCUUUAGUCAAAAGGGACAUCUUAUUCAGCAUCAGCGAAUUCACACAGGAGAGAAACCCUAUGAAUGUAGUGAGUGUGGAAAAGCUUUCAGCCAGAGUUUUAAUCUUAUUCACCAUCAAAGAACACACAAUGGCGAGAAGCCAUAUGAAUGUAAUGAAUGUGAUAAAGCCUUCAGUGUGCUUUCUUCCCUUGUUCAACAUCAGAGAAUACAUAAUGGAGAGAAACCCUAUGAGUGUCACAAAUGUGGGAAGGCCUUUAGCCAGGGAUCACACCUUAUUCAGCAUCAGAGGAGUCACACUGGUGAGAAACCCUAUGAGUGUAAUGACUGUGGGAAAACCUUUGGACAAAUAUCCACCCUAAUUAAACAUGAGAGAACACACAAUGGAGAGAAACCCUAUGAGUGUAGUGACUGUGGGAAGGCCUUCAGCCAGAGUGCACAUCUUAUCCGCCAUCAAAGAAUUCACACUGGAGAGAAUCCCUAUGAGUGCAGUGACUGUGGGAAGGCCUUCAAUGUUCGCUCCUCUCUCAUUCAGCAUCACAGAAUUCAUACUGGUGAGAAACCUUAUGAAUGUAGUGAGUGUGGCAAGGCAUUCAGUCAGCAUUCACAAUUUAUCCAACAUCAGAGAAUUCACACUGGAGAGAAACCCUACAUGUGCAAUGAGUGUGAGAAAUCCUUCAGUGCACGCUUAUCCCUUAUCCAACAUGAGAGAAUUCACACUGGAGAGAAACCCUAUGUAUGCACCAAAUGUGGAAAAUCCUUCCGACAAAGCUCUCACCUUAUUCGACAUCAGAGAAUUCACAGUGGGGAGUGACCUUAUACAUGUAAUCAAUGUGGAAAAACCUUCAGUCAGAGAAUAACUCUUAGUAGUCAUGAGAAAAUCCAUACAAUUCAUAUUAGAGAGGAAGCCUACGAAUGUAGUAAGUGUGGGGAACUCUAGUGCAGUCAUCUUUCAUUCAACAUUGUACAGUUCACAGUGGAGAGUAACUGAUCAGUCUAUAAAUUCUUCACAGUUAUACAUUAUAUGAGAGUCAUACUGGUGAGAAAUGAGUCACUUUAUGGUUUUCCUUUUGGAGAUUCAGCUCUUAAGGGAUUUCACUCUCCCAGUGAGCUGCUAACUAAAGGCAGGCUGCUAAAGUAUAUAGCAACAAUCCCACAAUAGCACACCUUACUUCAGAUUUAGAGGAUGAGCCCCCUUCUUGAGCCCUGUAGAUAAGUGAAAAUUAUUUAGAUGAAUUUCAUAGCACCAGACCUUAAGAUACAGUUAGGUAUUUCACUUGAGACCACUUGCUUUUCUUUUCUUUUUUCGUAUCAUUUAUUUCAACUUCAAAGAAAGUGAUUGAGAUCCUUGCACUUCAAAGUGUGAUGGAACCAGGCUGGGGUUUUCUUUGUUUGAGCCUCUUCAAAACGUUUUUAUUCUGUUAUAAGGAAUAUGGUACCUUAAGCUCCAAUUCACAGGGAAGAGAAACAUGACUAUAAGCAAAAGUUUGUUAAGGAAUAAGGUGAGUCUUUGUGUAGAUUAAAAUAGUUGAGACCUUGCUAAAAAGUCAAAUAAUACUGUACUCCACCUCCAGGUUUCCAAGAGUUAAGAUGCUGCCAGCAAGGAGCUUGCAGUCUUGUAGCUGGCCCAAUAUAUCCAACUAAUUCAAAAUGGGAAAUUGUACAUUUUACUUAAACAGGAUUUGGUAGAUGGGUCUUCUAGAUACGUUGUCAUGAAGAAAAAUCAGGAAAAUGUCCAAGAGUGGGAGCCUGUGGCUUAUGGCUUCACUUACCCAUCACAGAUAGCUAUGUUCCACUGCAAGAACAGAGUUCAUGUCUUUUCCUGAGGUGGCUGGAAACCUUAAUCUCCUGAAAUUAAGUCAAAACUCAAUGUCAACUCACCCAGCCGUCUUGCCUGCAGGCUGAGCCAGGGACUUAGAGCUUGUUACCCAGUUACAACUUCUUCUAGAGAAGAACUUUUAGAAGGAAGGAAAAAGAAAUUCAGUUUCCCCCAAGGAUCUCUUCUUUGAGGUUCCAUCAAGAGAUGACAAAAGGAGGCUGGGUGCGGUGUCUCACGCUUGUAAUCCCAGCACAUUAGGAGGCAGAAGCGGGCAGAUCACGAGGUCAAGAGAUCAAGACCAUCCUGGCCAACGUGAUGAAACCCCAUUUCUACAAAAUGCAAAAAUUGGCUGGGCAUGGUGGCGGACGCCUGCAGUCCCAGCUACUUGGGAGGCUGAGGCAGGAGAAUCACUUGAACCCAGGAGGUGGAGGUUGCAGUGAGCCAAGAUUGCACCACUGCACUCCAGCCUGGCCACAAAGCAAGACUCCAAAAAACAAAACGACAAAAGGGUUAGGAAGCUGUGGCAGUGUCUUUCUCUGAGGCCUGUGAUUACAGAACCAAAUCAGAAAAUAAUAACUUUUUUGUUUUAAACCUAUUUACCUACAAUGGAGGUGUUUCCUUAACUAAGAACCUCAGUAUUUACUCAAAUCCAGUUUUGGGUUUUAUGGCUAAAACAUUUCUCCAGAUUAACCUUAUCAGUUUGGAAUAUGUUUUUAUUUUUUAUUAAAUAUUUCAUCCAAAUUAUACUGAAUUUUAUUUAUCAUGGCUUUUAAUGUUCUCUAUUCAAGUCAGAAAUUUCUGUUUCCUAAUUACUUGGCUUGGUGAUGGCAUUAAUAUUGGUUGGGAGCUAGAUGGUCUCUGCUCUAUUUGAUGAUUGGCAUAGAGCAAUCAUAACACUUGGUACUUCCUAGCGUUUUUUUUUUUUUUUUUUGGAGACAGUAUCAUGCUGUGUUGCCCAGAGUGGAGUGCAGUGGUGCAGUCAUAGCUCACUGUAACCUUGAACUCCUGGGCUCAAGCGAUUCCCCUGCCUCAACUUCAUGAGUAGCAAGGACUACAGGUGUGUACCACCACAUCGGCCUCUCCUGGCUUCUUCAACCAAUUACAUUAAAAUUGAGAGGAGAAAGGCAUUUUCAGUUUCUUUAGUUAAUAAAAGGCCACUUCUGGAGGAGUUUUAUGCCUGUACCAGCAGAGGUUCAGCCUUCCAGGAAUCUCAUCAUGAUCCAUACUGCUGACACAGGCCUUUGUCACCUGAAGCAUUCUUAAGAAGACUGACAUUAAACAGGACAAUUGUGAACUCUGCUUAGUAAGCAUCAUACAUAUCUUACAAGUCAUUCUGAAGACUCCUUUAUUCUUGCUUUUCCCAGAGAGCUACUGUGUUUACUCAUGCUCACUGUACUCACAAAAGAAAGAAUAAGUGGCAUAUUUGCAGGUGCUGAUGGUCACAAGAGCGUUUUACUUUUUCCUCCAUGUAUGUCUGUUCUGCAGUCUUUCCACUGAUGCAUGCUAUUGUAGACUUCUUAGGUUGACCUUGGCCUUGACUUUCACUACUAGCUCUUGACCCAAAACUGAAGAUGUGCAUCAGAAAGGGACAGAUUUGGUCUUUCUGCUGUAAAAGAUAUUCUGCCUUAGUGUCUGCUAAUUUGUUUGCAUAGUCCUGUGCUGUCAAUCUUCCCCACCAAUUGUUCCAUUACAUUCCCCACCAAUUGUUCCAUUCCAUUGUUCCACUGAUUCCAUUACUGCCCAUUUUCAUGUAAGGUGGGAGGCAAUUUGUAUGGCUGGGAAUCUGUAAGAUCUUUAGGACAAAAACUCCUGCCUCUAAUCCCAAUUUCUGAGGUCCUGACUCUCCAGGCAGCAUGACUGAGUUGGAUUUGUCUCUGCCACAAAACCUGCCAAGGCUUCUUCAUCACCCAAAACACUCCCAUGACCAACGUCUAUGAAAAGAGGGGCAAAGGUCAUUAUUAAUCACAGACAUGCAAAAUGAUAUUACAAGAUGUCAUUUUACCCUCACUAGGUUGGCAAAAAUUAAAAAUCUGACAGAGAAUGACACCAAAAAUACUUAGCAACAGUUACUCUCAUACACGGCUGAUAGUGGAAACUGGUAUGACACACUGGAAAAUAUUUUGGCAUUAUUAAUACAGUUAAAAAUUAGCCCUGGCCAGAUGCGCUGGCUCACACCUGUAAUCCCAGCACUUUGGGAGGCCAAGGCAGGUGGAUCACCUGAGGUCAGGAGUUUGAGGCCAGCCUGGCCAACACAGCAAAACCCCGUCUCUACUAAAAUAAUUAGCCAGGUGUAGUGGCAGGAGCCUGUAAUCCCAGCUACUCAGGAGGCUGAGGCAGGAGAAUCUCUUCAACCUGGGAGGCGGAAGUUGUAGUGAGCUGAGAUAGCACCCCUGCACUCCAGCCUGGGUGACAAAGUGAGACUUCAUCUCAAAAAAAUAAAAUUAUGUAACCCACAACCCAGUUCCACUCCUGCACAUACAUGUUGGGGAUGCACUUGCAUGAGAACUAGAAGAUGUGUCCCAAGAUGUUUAAUAGCAGCUCUUCCUGUAAUAGCAAAAAAAAAGAAAAGGAAAAACAAGCCCCAGUGUUCAUGGAGAGGGGGAGAAAAGAAGUUUGAUUAUAAGUAUAAUAUAGAAGAAAACUAUGUCAAAAUCAAUUACCUGCAGCUACACACAUUAUUCUUAAUGCUGUCACUUUGCAGGGGAGUGUGGAUUGUUCCCAAUACUGACCAACUUUGAUUGCUUCCUGUAGUGAAACUCCAGGAGACCUGGGGAAUGGGAUAAAAGUGUGACCUGAGAGACAGUACCAAAUAAUUGAAAGAUUUUUCCAGCUUACUUUUGGCAGAAGUGUGGGUGAUAUGAAAGGGAGCAGAUUCUAAGGCUGUUCAACUAGAGAUAAUGUAAUGUUGGAUUGGACUGGAUUUGUUAUAUAAGUGCACACAUGGCAGGCUGUGAAUUCACUGUGCUGGUUGCAGUAGCACUUGUUAAUGGAAGUCUAUAUUUGGUCAUGGCCUCCAUUAAGUGAGGCUGACAUGCAGAAUUGCCUGAUUUUACAACAGAGAAUGGAUUCAAAGGCUCAGGAGAUGCAAGAGGGCACUCCUUUCACCCAGGCUUAGAGAAGUGCAUUGGUGAUGGAACAGUAACAUCCAGGAAAGACUCUGUAGUGGCUGUUUUAUAUAGUCUAUCAAAGGAAGUAGGAGAGACUUAUGAAAAUGGAUUUAGGCUGGGUGCAGUGGCUCACGUCUGUAAUCCCAGCAUUUUGAGAGGCCAAGGUGGUUGGAUCACUUGAGGUCAGGAGUUUGAAACCAGCCUGGACAACAUGGUGAAACGCCGUCUUUACUAAAAAUACAAAAAUUAGCCAGACAUGGUGGCAGGUGCAUGUAAUCCCAGCUACUCGGGAGGCUGAGGCAGGAGAAUCACUUGAACCUGGGAGAUGGAGGUUGUAGUGAACCCAGAUCACGCCACUGCACUCCAGCCUGGGUGACAGAGCAAGACUCCCCUCAAAAAAAAAAAAAAGAGGAAGGGAGGGAGGGGGGGAGAGAGAGAGAGAGAGAAAACAAGAAAGAAAAAGGAAAGGAAAGGGAGGGAAGGAAGGAAGCAAGGAAGGAAGGUGGAAGGAAAGAAAGAAAAAGGAAGGAAAGAGAAGGAAAGGAAAGAAGAGAAAAAAAAAUAGAAGAGGAUUUAACUCAGUAGGAAUGGUCAGGACCAGAUGGCAGCAUGUAACCCUGUCAUAGACAGGGAAGUUGUCACUGUAACAGGCCCAGGGCCACAACAGUAAUGAGAAUGGUUUGACCAUAGAGGUUUUGACCCUGAGUAAUGAUGGUGACUAUGGACUGAAAUAGGUAGACCACCUACUAAAGUCUUUAUCAGUAUCAGUGAGUCAUUAAGCCUUUACAGACACCUGACUUGGAUCAGCACAACAGUCAUCAACCUUCACUUACUUCCUAGGCUUGAGCCAGUUCAGACCCGGAAACUCAUGAAACAAGGGGAGGCCAGAUUUCCCUUGAAAGAUCUGGCUACAUUUUCCAAGUUUUAUGCUGUAAAUCUUAUUCCCUUUGCCAAAAGGAAUGUGAACAUUUACCAGGGUAACUAUAUACCAGAGGACAAGAAUAUCCACUUUUUUAGGGAUAAGGAAGUAACAUCUUGGAUGGAGAAAGAAAAAUCUGUUAGGCUAUUAAUCAGACUGGAAUAACAGAUAAAACCAGCUGUAAAGUUAAUAAGAAACUAUUUCUGCCAGAGAUAUAUGCAGCUCUAGAAUGUCAUAAAAUUUCACCUCUGCUUUCUUACUGAGAAACUUUGUUCUCUUGUAGACUAACAGAAACAUGUUAGAAGUUAUAUCAGUAAGAAUGGAACAUUCUACUCUUUCCUGGCAGAUCUGUCACUUUGACAUAGAGAAGCAGCCUCAAUUUACAACCCAAUUCAUAUAAUAAGUUUUUGGACACCAUAUUCUACACCUAUCUUAAUUUUGUGGUUCCCAAGGAAAUGAGCCUGGGUGUACCUCACAGUCCAGACCUGAUGACCCAUUACUCACAACCCUGCUUUGCUGCAUGCCCAUUAAAACACUGCUUUAUUUAAAUUUCACUUAAACUCCACCCUUCCCCAAAGUCUUAUAAUAACUUAUGUUUUCUUUAGUUUGGUGAGACACCCCACGGUUCUGGGGUGUUAUCACCCUCAUUGUAAUGGGUCAGUAACUCUGAUUUUGUUGGAGUGCAAGUUUAUUCCUUGUAGUCUGAGGCUGAUUGGGCUAGGACAGAGAUUACUGGACUUUGGCUCUGAAUUGGUGUUAAAACCUGGGAACCAAUAUAAUACUGUUGUUCUCCAGGGUAGGAGCUUAUGGAGCCAAGUAAUGAAGUUGUAGAGUCCCUGAACCUACCCCAUGGUUACUUACCAGAACUAGAAUAUAUAAUAUCCCUUUCUGUCCUCAAAUUAGAGCUUGUGCAGGUGCCUGUAAGAGCAAGAAGCAAACUGUGUAUCCAGGAAAAGAAAGGACAGACAGCCAGGUAUCCUGACAAGGACCCCACAUCCCUGGUUCUGAUGCUGCUUUCAUCCCACUUACCAACACAUCCUGUCAAUUCAUUCCCUAAGUUUCUCCUUCCCAGCUCAAUCCCAUGCUCCCUGGAGCCCUAAAAUUCCAUGGAAAAUGAGGAAGGGGUAUCUGGAAUAAGGGAAGAGAUGAACCACUUUUCUCAGGUGAGAGUUGGCCCAUUAUCACUGUGAGGCCUCUCAGGUGAUUCUGUGAGCUGGAAACAAGAGUGUGGCAUUUAGUAGUUGAAGGUAGGAACAAAGGUUCUUGGUUGGAGGCUGAGUUGAAUCUUUCUUUGGGCACUGACUACUUCAAAAUUAGAUCCUUAGAGCUCCAGGAAUUCACAUUCAGGCUGUGAGGUCAGUGACCAUAAAAGCAAAGCUGAACAUGUGCAGUGCUGUGUCCUUUACACAGAGCUGUUGCACCUCCCCAGGUGACCGUCAUAGCACCAGGUCCUGCUGGGAGGCCACCUACUCUCUCACAGGAGGGGCCUGAUAUUUAGAGAUGAUAACAAUGUGUCCAAAGUCAGGACCUCAAAAUUUUGCCUCCAAGGUCCAGUGAUUCUCCCACCAUGCCUCUAUCCUAAGUGAGUAGGACCAUGUUGACAAAGAGUGAAACUAAAAUAUUUGGAGAGAUUUAUUCUGGGCCAAAUACAAGUGACCAAUGGCCCAUGACACAGCCCCAGAAGAUCUUGAGAACAUAUGCCCAAGGUGGUCAGGCUACAGCUUGGUUAUAUAUAUUUUAGGGAGACAUAAGACAUCAGUCAAUACAUAUAAGAUGUACAUUGGUUUGAUCCAGAAGGGCAGGACAACUGGAAGCAGGGGCUUCUGAUUUGUAGGCAGAUUCAAAGAUUUUCUGAUUGGAAUUUUGUGUAAAGGGUUUAUCUAAAGACCUAGAAUCCAUAGAAGGGAGUGUAUGGGUUAAAAUAAAGGGUUGUCGAGACAAAGGUUCUUAUUAUGUAGAUGAAGCCUCCAGGUAGCAGGCUUCAGAGAAAACAGACUGUAAGUGUUUCUUAUCUGACUUUAAAAGGUGCCAGACUCUUAGUUAAUUCUCUCCUGGAUCAGGGAAAAGACCUGAAAAGGAAAAGGGAUUCUCUACAGAAUGCAGAUUUUCUCCACAACAGCUUUGCAGGACAUUUCAAAAUAUGUCAAAGAAAUACAUUUUAGUGUAAAAUGCUUUGAUUUCAUUCAGGGCCUGCACUCUGACAUAUGAUGCUAUAUUUGAGUCAGGCUGGAAUUUGGUGUCUUAUUAUUAUAAAAAAUCUUCAGAUCUCUGUUUUAAUGUUAAUGCUGGUCAGUUGUACCUGAGUUCCAAAGGGAGGAGAGUAUAAUGAAGCAUGCCUGGCCCCCUCUUCCUAUUAUGGCCUGAACUAGUUUUUCAGGUUAACUUUGGAAUGCCCUGGUCUGAGAAGAGGGGUUCAUUGGUUGUGGUGGGCUUAGAAUUUUAAUUUUGACUUAUAACCCCUACCCAGCCCCAUCCAUGGGUCAUCCCCAGGAGAGCAGAGCAGAGUGAGAAGAAGGGUCCACAUUUUCAUUCCGUCCCACAAGUUCUUUCUCAGAACCGCAUUUCUGAGAAGACCUGGCUCUAGGAACCAAGGACCUCAAUGGUUGUGCACCCAAGACCUAUGGGCAGGAGAGGUGACAUUUACACCUGUGACAGCCCAGGCUUGAAUAGCAAAGUCUUACCCUCAAAAGCUCUCACUCUUCAUUUCUUCAUGCCUUGGCAUUCAGCUGAAAGAGAAAGACAAUCAAGGAAAGAGAUGUAUCCAGACCCAUUUCUCACUGUCCUUAUUCCACAUGACCUAAAAGGAAGAAGCUGAGGCAAAAUUAAUGUAAGUAGACAGUUUAUUUAGGCCAAACUCGAGGACCAUAACCCAGGAUCAAAGAUUUAAUUUGCCCUGAAAAUACACUCCAGUUAGCAGCAGUUACAGUGGAUUUUUUUUUUUUUUUUUUUUCAUUUUUUAACAGAGACAGGGUCUUGCUCUGUUGUUCAGGCUGGAGUGCAGUGUCACAAUCAUAGCUCUGUAUAACCUUGAAUGCCUGGGCUCAAGCAAUCCUCCCACCUUGGACCCAUCAGUAGCUAGGACUAGAGACAUACACUACCAUGCACAGCUCAUUUUUUGAAAGUCUUUUGUAGAGACGGGGUCUUGCUGUGUUUCUUAGGCUGCUCUCAAACUCCUGGCUUCAAGUGAUCCUCCCACCUCAGCCCCCCAAAGCACUGGGAUUACAGGCAUAAGCUGCCACUACCACACUAUAAAUUGAUUUUUAAAGGGAAAGAAAGAGGCUGUUCCUGAGUUAUUUACCAAGAAUUUACAUUAAAAUAAGCUAUUGAUUGGCUUUACAUUGUUAAAAUAUGGGGUGUGGGUUUUAGUGCUCAGCAUGGCAUUUUUCGGUUAAUUUGUAGCUACUCAUGGCGAUAGCAAGCAGUUUCAGGAGAUGAAUACAUAGCUAAAAAGUGGGGGAGUAGGAUGUCGUUACUGUUUUAUUUUAAUGCUGCUCUGGGCCUAAUAAUUAAAAACACUCACAUUCCUCAGAUAAAAGUUUUCUCUCAUCUCUCCCUCUUGAUAAAAAGUCUCUUCUAGAAAGCUGUGAUGAUCAAAAUAUGAGUGUCAAGUUGUCCCUUGUCACUGGGAAGGUUCCUUUCCAAUAGUCCUGUCAAAGACAUUGAUCUGUAGCUGUUAUUACUUGUGGAAUCAUCUCUAGCCUUUGGAGUACCAUGGAAUUAGUUUUCUCAGAAGAAGUAUAACAAUGAGAGAUAUGUGGUAGAAACAUAAUGGACAUAAGAAUUUUAAAAAAUUUAUAUGCCAGAAUUUUUUUAAAAUCCUAUUUCAUUGGGAGGUCAACUAAAAACAUGAGAAUUAAAACCCAGUCUAUUUUUAGAGACUUGUAGCAAGGACAUGAUUUAGGAUUUAGUCCAACUUGUAGGAAAAUAAUAAGAGCUCAAAAACUGUGGUCAGGGAUAGAAUCCCAUAACAGGUAUACUAUAGUUUUUUGUCUGAAAUUUUUUUCUCUCAAGUCCCCAUUUUUUUUUUUUUUUUUUUUUGAGAUGGAGUCUCACUCUGUAGCAGGACAAGCCACAGACAAAACCUCUCAGACACCGAGUUAAAGAAGGAAGGGCUUUAUUCAGCCAGGAGCUUCGGCAAGACUCACAUCUCCAAAAACUGGCCUCCCUGAGUGAGCAAUUCCUGCCCCUUUUAAGGGCUUACAACUCUAAGGGGGUCCACGUGAGAGGGUUGUGAUUGAUUGAUCAAGCAGUGGGUAUGUGACUGGGGGCUGCAUGCACUGAUAAUCAGAAUGGAACAGAACAGGACAGGGAUUUUCACAAUGCUUUUCCAUACAAUGUCUGAAAUCUGUAUAUAACCAGUGAGGUCAGGGGUCGAUCUUUAACCAGGCCCAGGGCAUAGCACCAGGCUGUCUGCCUGUGAAUUUAAUUUCUGCCUUUUAGUUUUUACUUCUUCUUUCUUUGGAGGCAGAAAUUGGGCAUAAGACAAUAUGAGGGGUGGUCUCCUCCCUUAGCUCUGUCACCCAGGCUGGAGUGCAGUGGCACAAUCCUGGCUCACUGCAAGCUCUGCCUCCCGGGUUCAUUCUCCUUCCUCAGCCUCCAGAGUAGCUGGGACUACAGUCAACCGCCACUACGCCCAGCUAAUUUUUUGUAUUUUUAGUAGAGACAGGGUUUCACCAUGUUGGCCAGGAUGGUCUCAAUCUCCUGAUCUUGUGAUCCACUGUCUCGGCUUCCCAAAGUGCUGGGAUUACAGGCAUGAGCCACCGCACCCAGCCCAACAGGUUAUAUUACUUGUUUUUUUUUUUGAGAUGGAGUCUCGCUCUGUCACCCAGCCUGGAGUGCAGUGGCACAAUCUUGGCUCACUGCAAGCUCAGCCUCCUGGAUUCAUGCCAUUCUCUUUCCUCAGCCUCCUGAGUAGCUGGGACUAUUACUUUAAGACAAAAUUCACCAUACAGAUUUUUUUCUCAUACAAAAAGCAGAGGGAGUGGAUUGCUCCUGCAGGGCCCAGGAGACACCCAAAAUACUGUAAGUGCCAAGCUGUGAAACUGGGAAAUGGGGAUCAUUCAACCCCAAACACACAUCCUCACUAAGGAACCUGAAGGUCUAGAUCACAGAAGGAUUUGACCUUACCUGGAGCUGUGUCAAAUUUGAGAGCCAAGCAAAAUACAGGGUUAGAGGAAGCAGUGGGAAAAGCCCUGGAAAGCCAUUUCUACCUUGUCUCACAGAGGUCUUUGGGGAGGGCUGCCAGAGGAACUGAGAAAAGACCAACGGGAGAAGGAAACCUCCAGCUGAAUUUUAUAACAAUUCCAACCAAACAUGAAGUCUCCUGGCCAGAACUCACAGGAGUGUGUGAAUUCAGUGUGCAGACUUGGCAGGUGGGGAGGCACGAAUGCCCUCCUUGCUUUCUUAGCUGGGAGGCUGGUAGCCUGUGGAAAGUUCCCAGCCCUGCUCACCCACUGCUUAGAAACAAACUCAGUACUGUUGGGGGGGUGCACAGUGAAAGUGGGACUGGCCUUUAGGGUUGCAUGGGAGCUGGGUGAGGCCUGUAACAGCCAGCUUUCCUCCACUUCCCUGACAACCUGCAUGACACAGCAGAGGCAGCCAUAAUCCUCCUGGGAACAACUCUAUUGACCUGGGAACCAUACCCCCAACCCCACAGCAGCAGCAGCAAGCCCUACCCAAAGAAAGUCUGAGCUCAGACAUGCCUAACCUGCCCCACACAUCAUGGUCCUUCCCUACCCACCCUGGUAGCUGAGGACAAAAGUCAUAUUCUCUUGGGAGUUCUAGGGCCCUGCCCACUGCUUGAUCCUUCCUAUACUACCACAGCUGAUGCUCUCUUGGAAGCACCACCUCCUGGCAGGAGGCCAACCAGCACCAAAAUAGUGCAUUAAACAACCACAACUAUGGACCUUCACAGAAUCCAUUUCACUCCCCUGCCACCUCCACUGGAGCAGGUGCUGGUAUCCAUGGCUGUGAGACCUGAAGAUGAUCCACAUCACUUGAGUCUGUGCAGACAACCCCCAAUACCAGCCCAGAGCCUGGUAGCCCUGCUGGGUGGUUAGGUCCAGGAGAAAAAUAAUCACUACAGCUCGGCUCCCAGGAAGCCACAUCCCUAGGAAUGUGGGCAGAGUACUACAUCAAAAGAAUACCACAUAGGGCAAAAGAAUCUGAACAGUAGCCUUGAGUGGCAGAUCUUCCCCUGAUAUUGCCUACCCAAAUUAGAAGGAACCAGAAAAACAAUUCUAGUAACAUGACAAAAUAAGGUUAUUUAACACCCCCCAAAAAUCAUGCUAGCUCACCAGCAAUGGAUCCAAACCAAGAAGAAAUCCCUGACUUACCUGAUAAAGAAUUCAGAAGGUCAAUUAUUAAGCUAAUUAAGGAGGCACCAAAGAAAAGUGAAGUCCAAUUUAAGGAAAUCCAAAAAAUGGUACAAGAAAUGAGGGGACUCUUCAGUGAAAUAGAUAGCAUAAAUAAAAAAAAAAAAUCACAACUUCAGGAAAUAAAAGACACACUUAGAGAAAUGCAAAAUUUUCUGGAAAGUCUCAGCAAUAGAAUCAGUCAAACAGAAGAAAGAACUUCAGAUCUCGAAGACAAGGUUUUUGAAUUAACCCAAACCAACAAAGAAAAAGAUUAACAAAAUGAACAUAGCCUCCAAGAACUUUGGAAUUAUGUUAAACAACCAAACCUAAGAAUAAUUGGCAUUCCUGAGGAGGAAGAGAAAUCUAAAAGUUUGGGAAACGUAUCUGGGGGAAUAAUCAAGGAAAACUUCCCCAGCCUUGCUAGAGACCUAGACAUCCAAAUACAAGAAACUGAAAAAACACCUGGAAAAUUCAUCAUAAAAAGAUCAUCACCUGGGCACAUCAUCAUCCGUUAUCUAAAGUCAAGAUGAAGGUAAGAAUCUUAAGAGCUGUGAGGCAAAAGCACCAGGUAAUCUAUAAAGAUAAACCUAUCAGACUAACAACAGAUUUCUCAGCACAAACUCUACAAGCUAGAAGAGAUUAGGGCCCUAUCUUCAGCCUCCUUAAACAAAACAAUUAUCAGCCCAGAAUUUUGUACCCAGUGAAACUAAGCUUCAUAAAUGAAGGAAAGACGCAGUCUUUUUCAGACAAACAAGUGCUGAGAUAAUUCACCACUACCAAGCCAGCACUACAAAACUGCUAAAAGAGCUCUAAAUCUUGAAACAAAUCCUGGAAACACAUCAAAACAGAACGUCCUUAAAACACAAAUCUCAUAGGACCUAUAAAACAAAAAUACAAUUUAAAAAAACCAAGGUGGCUCGGUGUGGUGGCUCACACUUGUAAUCCCAGCACUUUGGGAGGCCGAGGCAGGUGGAUCACGAGGUCAGGAGAUCGCGACCAUCCUGGCUAACACAGUGAAACCCCGUCUCUACUAAAAAUACAAAAAAAUUAGCUGGGUGUGGUAGCGAGCACCUGUAGUCCCAGCUACUCAGAAGGCUGAGGCAGGUGAAUGGCAUGAACCCAGAAGGCAGAGCUUACAGUGAGCCAAGAUCACACCACUGCACUCCAACCUGGGUGACAAAGUGAGACACCAUCUCAAAAAAAAAAAAAAAACCGAGGUAUACAUGCAACAAAUACCAUGACGAAUGGAAUAGUACCUCACAUCUCAAUACUAAUAUUGGAUGUAAAUAGCCUAAAUGUUCCACUUAAAAGGUGUAGAAUUGCAGAAUGGGUAAGAAUUCACCAACCAAGUAUCUGCUGCCAUCAAGAGACUCCUCACCUAACCCAUAAGGACUCACUUAAACUUAAGGUAUUUUUCCUUAAGACAUUCCAUGCAAAUGGACACCAAAAGCAAGCAGGAGUAGCUAUUCUUAUAUCAGACAAAACAGACUUUAAAGCAAUAGCAGUUAAAAAAGACAAAGAGAAACAUAUAAUAAUAAAGGGCCUUGUUCAACAGGAAAAUAUCACAAUCCUAAAUAUAUAUGCACCUAACACUUGAGCUCCCAAAUUUAUAAAACGAUUACCACUAGACCUAAGUAAUGAGAUAGACAGUAACACAAUAACAGUGGGGGACUUUAGUACUCCACCAACAGCACUAGAUAGGUCAUCAAGACAGAAAGUUAAUAAAGAAACAAUGAAUUUACACUAUACUCUGGAACAAAUAGACUUAAUAGAUAUUUACAGAACAUUCUAUCCAACAACUGCAUAAUAUACAUUCUAUUCAUCAAUGCAUGGAACUUUCUCCAAAAUAGAACAUAUAAUAUGCCACAAAACAAUUCUCAAUUCAUUUAAGAAAAUUGAAAUUAUAUCAAGUACUCUCUUAGACCACAGUGGAAUAAGCUGGAAAUCAACUCCAAAAGAAACCUUCAAAACCAUGCAGUAGGCCAGGUGUGGUGGCUCACGCUUGUAAUCCCAGCACUUUGGGAGGCCAAGGCGGACAGAUCACAAGGUCAGGAGAUCGAGACCAUGGUGAAACCCCGUCUCUACUAAAAAUACAAAAAAAUUAGCCGGGUGUGGUGGCAGGUGCCUGUAGUCCCAGGUACUCAGAGAGGCUGAAGCAGGAGAAUGGCAUGAACCCAGGAGGUGGAGCUUGCAGUGAGCCGAGAUCAUGCCACUGCACUCCAGCCUGGGUGACAGAGUGAGACUCUGUCUCAAAAAAAAAAAAAAAAAAACCAUGCAAAUACAUGGAAAUUAAAUAACCUUCUCCUGAAUUAUCACUGGGUCAACAAUGAAAUCAAGAUAGAAAUUAAAAAAUUCUUUGAACUGAACAACAGUAGUGACACAACCUAUCAAAACCUCUGGAAUACUGCAAAGGUGGUGGUAAGAGGAAAGUUCAUAGCCUUAAAUAUCUUCAUCAAAAAGUCUGAAAGAGCACAAAUAGACAAUCUAAGGUCACACUCAAGGAACUAGAGAAAUAAGAACAAACCAAGCCCAAAUCCAGCAGAAGAAAGGAAAUAACCAAGAUCAGAGCAGAACUAAAUAAAAUUGAAACAACAACAAAAAAAUACAAAAGAUAAAUGAAACAGAAAGUUGGCUCUUUGAAAAGAUAAAUAAAAUUGAUAGACCAUUGGGAAGAUUAACCAAGAAAACAAGAAAGAAGCUCCAGUAAUCCCAGCUCUUUCGGAGGCUGAGGCAGGUGGAUCACAAGAUCAAGAGAUUGAGACCAUCUUGGCCAACAUGGUGAAACCCCAUCUCUACUAAAAAUACAAAAAAUUAGCCGGGUGUGGUGGCAGGUGCCUGUAAUCCCAGCUACUUGGGAGGCUGAGUCAGGAGAAUUGCUUGAACCCAGGAGGCAGAGGUUGCAGUAAGCCGAGAUCAGGCCAUUGCACUCCAGCCUGGGCAAAAAGAGCGAAAUUCCAUUUCAAAAGAAAAGAAAAGAAGCUCCAAAUAAGCAGAAUUAGAAAAGAAACAGGAUAUAUUACAACCAACACCACAGAAAUACAAAAGAUCAUUCAAGGCUACUAUGAACACCGUUAUGUGCAUAAACUAGAAAACCUAGAGGAGAUGGAUAAAUUCCUGGAAAGAUACAAAUUUAGGAAUCCUCCCUAAAUCACUCUAUGAAGCCAGUAUCACCCUAAUACCAAAACCAGGAAAGAACAUAACAAAAAAGAGAAAACUACAGACCAAUAUCCCUGAUGAACAUAGAUGCAAAAAUCCUUAACAAAAUGCUAGCUAACUGAAUCCAACACAUAUCAAAAAGAUAAUCCACCAUGAUCAAGUAGGUUUCAUACUAGGGAUGUAGGGAUGGUUUAACAUAUGCAAGUCAGUAAGUGACACACCACAUAAACAGAAUUAAAAACAAAAAUCACAUCAUCUCAACAGACACGGAAAAAGCAUUUGGCAAAAUCCUGUGGGCAAAAGUUUACCUAGGUGCUGAGGCAAGAGACUGAAGUCACAAACUGUUUCAGUAUAAUAAAGAAAAUAGUUAGAAUAAGAAUAGUCAUAAUACAAAUUAGAUAUAGAGAUGAUCAUGGAUAAUUAUCAAUCAUUAUUAUAAACAUUAAUCAUUAGGUUUUAAUAUUACUCUUUGUUGCAUUACUAAUAUAACCUAGGAAUAACCAGUGGGUAUACGGUCAGGUGCUGAAGGGACAUUGUGAGAAGUGACCUAGAAGGCAAGAGGUGAGCCCUCUGUCACGCCCUCAUAAGGGCUGCUGGAGGGCUCCUUGGUCAAGCAGUAACCUCAGAGUCUGGGAAGAUGCCCAUUACUUAGCAGACCAUGAAAGGGAGUCUCCUUUCCUUGGAGGAGUCAGGGAACACUCUGCUCCACCAGCUUCUUGUGGAAGGCUGGAUAUUAUCCAGGCCUGCCCACAGUCAUCUGGAAGCCUAAACCCCUCCCUGUGGUGCUGUGCUUCAAUGAUCAGGCUCUUUGUCCACUUUCAUGUUCCUCUCAUACUCCUGGUUCCUCUUUGAAGUCCAUAGUAGAUAGCGGUAGAAGAAAUAGUGAAAGUCUUAAAGUCUUUGAUCUUUUUUAUAAGUGCAUAGAAGGAAACGCUGACGUAUGCUGCCUUCUCUCUCUACUUCCUCUACCUAAAAGGGAAGGGCCCCCUGUCCUAUGAUCACGUGACUUGCUUCACCUUGUCAAUCACUGAGAAGAUUCACCCUCCUUAUCCUUCCCCCCUUGUCUUGUAUGCAAUAAAUAUCAGUGUGCCCAGCCAUUCAGGGCCACUACCGGUCUCCAUGUCUUGAUGGUAGUGGUCCCCCAGGCCCAGCUGCUUUCUCUUUAUCUCUUUGUCUUGUGUCUUUAUUUAUUACAAUCUCUCAUCUCCACAUACCGGGAGAAUACCCGCUAAGCCCCAUAGGGCUGCACCCUACAAAAUCCAGUAUCCCUUUAUGAUUGAAACCUUCAGCAAAAUCAGCAUACAAAGGAGAUACUUCAAUGUAAUAAAAGCUAUCUAUGAUAAACCCACAGCCAACAUAAUACUGAACAAGUAAAAGUUGAAAGCAUUCCCUCUGAGAACUGGAACAAGACAAAGAUGCCCACUGUCACCACUUCUAUUUAACAUAGUACUAGGAGUCCUAGCCAGAACAAUUAGAAAAGAGAAAAAAACAAAGGGCAUCCAAACCGGUAAAGAGGAAGUCAAACUGUCGCUAUUUGUUGAUGAUGGAUCAUAUACCUAGAAAACCCUAAAGACGCCUCCAAAAUGCUCCUACAAAUGAUAAAUGAAUCAGCAAAUUUCAGGAUACAAAAUUAACGUACACAAAUCAGUAGCUCUGCUAUACACCAACAGCAACCAAGCUGAUAGUCAAAUCAAGAACUCAACGCUUUUUACAAUAGUUGCAAAAAAUGAAAUACUUCAGAAUAUUCCUAACAAAGGAGGUGAAAGACCUCUACAAGGAAAACUACAAAACACUGCUAAAAGAAAUCAUAGAUGACACAAACAAAUGGAAACACAUCCCAUGCUCAUGGAUGGGUAGAAUCAAUAUUGAGAAAAUGACCAUAUUGCCAAAAGCAAUCUACAAAUUCAAUGCAACUCCCAUCAAAAUACCACCAUCAUUCUUCACAGAACUAGAAAAAACAAUCCUAAAAUUCAUAUGGAACCAAAAAUCAGCCUGCAUAGCCAAAACAAGACUAAGCAAAAAGAACAAACCUGGAGGCAUCACAGUACCUGAUUUCAAACUAUACUAUGAGGCCAUAGUCACCAGAACAGCAUGGUACUGCUAUAAAAAUAAGCACAUAGACCAAUGGAACAGGAUAGAGAACCCAGAAAUAAACUCAAAUACUUAUAGCCAACUGACCUUUAACAAAGCACACAAAAACAUAAAGUGGGGAAAAACACCCUAUUCAACAAAUAGUGCUGGGAUAGUUGGCAAGCCACAUGUAGGAGAAUAAACCUGGAUCCUCAUCUUUCACGUUAUAAAAAUCAACUCAAGAUGGAUCAAGGACUUAAAUCUAAGACCUGAAAAUAUAAAAAUUCUACAAGAUAACAUCAGAAAAACCCUUCUAGACAUUGGCCUAGGCAAAGAUUUCAUGACCAAGAACCCAAAAGCAAAUGCAACAAAAACAAAGAUAAAUAGGUGGGACUAAACUAAUCUAAAGGCCUUUUGCACAGCAAAAGGAAGAGUCAGCAGAGUAAACAGACAACCCACAGAGUGGGAGAAAAUCUUCACAAUCUAUACAUCCAACAAAGGACUAACAUGCAGAAUCUACAAGAAACUCAAACAAAUUAACAAGAAAUAAUCCCAUCAAAAAGGGGGCUAACGGCCGGGCCCGGUGGCUCACUCCUGUAAUCCCAGCACUUUGCGAGGCUGAGGCAGGUGGAUCACCUGAGGUUGGGAGUUCCAGACCAGCCUGACCAACAUGGAGAAACCCCGUCUCUACUAAAAUACAAAAUUAGCCGGGCAUGAUGGUGCAUGCCUGUACUACUCAGGAGGCUGAGGCAGGAGAAUCGCUUGAACCCAGGAGGCAGAGGUUGUGGUUAGCCAAGAUCGUGCCAUUGCACUCUAGCCUGGGCAACAAGAGCAAAACUCCGUCUCAAAAAAAAAAAAAAAAAAUUGGGGAGGGGGCUAAGGACAUGAACAGACAAUUCUCAAAACAAGAUAUACAAAUGACCAACAAACAUGAAAAAAUGCUCAACAUCACUAAUGAUCAGGGAAAUGCAAAUCAAAACCACAAAACAAUACCACCUUACUCCCACAAGAAUGGCCAUAAUCAAAAAUCAAAAAAUAAUAGAUGGCAUGGAUGCGGUGAAAAGGGAAUACUUCCAUGCUGCUGGUGGGAAUGUAAACUAGUACAACCACUAUGGAAAACAGUGUGGCGAAUCCUUAAAGAACAAAAAGUAGAACUACCAAGAACUACCAUUUCAUCCAGCAAUCCCACUACUGUGUAUCUACCCAGAGGAAAAUAAGUCAUUAUACGAAAAACAUACUUGUAUAUGCAUGUUUAUGGCAGCACAAUUCACAAUUGCAAAAAUGUGGAAGCAGCCCAAAUGCCCAUCAAUCAACGAGUGGAUAAACAAACUGUGGCAUAUAUAUAUGUGUGUGUGUGUGUGUGUGUAUGUGUGUGUAUAUAUAUGUGUAUAUCUAUACAUAUAUAUAGAAAGUAAUAUUCCAUCAUAUAUAUCAUAUAUAUGUGAUAUAUGUAUAUGAUAUAUAUAUAUGAUGGAAUACUACUCAGCCAUAAAAAGGAGUGAAUUAAUGGCAUUCACAGCAACCUGGAUGGGAUUGGAGACUAUUAUUCUAAGUGAAGUAACUCAGGAAUGGAAAACCAAACAUCGUAUGUCCUCACUCAUGAGAGGUAGCUAAGCUAUGAGGAUGCAAAGGCAUAAGAAGGAUACAAUGGACGUUGGGGACUGGGACGGGGGGCGGGGAAAGGGUGGGAAGUGCGUGAGGGAUAAAAGACUAUAAAUUGGGUUCAAUGUAUACUGCCCAUGUGAUGGGUGCACCAAAAUCUCACGAAUCACCACUAAAGAACUUACUCAUGUAACCAAACACCACCACCUAUGGAAAUAAAAAACUUUAAAACCUAUGGAAAUAAAAAAAUUAAAAAUUAAAAAAUAAACAUAAAUUCCAAUUUCA